AUGCUGGUGUUGUCUCCGUAAGGCAUGUAUUUAAUAAUUUCCAGCUGGUUCACAAUUAAGUAUAACAUGAAUAUGCAGAGGGAGAGAACUUUCUGCAUUUACCCACCCCUCUCCGAAACCUUUCUUUUUCUGUCGUUCAUCAGUUUGCCUUUGGUUGUGCAACAGAAUUAAAAAUACAAAUAUAUAUCCCUAAAAUAAAAGGCUAGAAAUGUAAAACAUCAGAAAUAAUUACCUUUAUUCUAAUCACUAAUUUAUUUCAUAUCAGCAGAUAAAUAUAUAUUUUUUAAAGUCUUCCAUUCUUUGUCUCCGUUAAAGGGCCAAUCUGCAGUUGAAACAAUAGCAAAGCCUCUCCGCGCCACUUUUUCUGUAAUAAGCUGAGGGAUGGGGCUGGAGAAAUGUAACCAUUCUCAAAUUCAUAGACAGAGCUAUGGAUGCAAAAACUGACCAUCCAUGAUAUGAAAAGUAUAGUUUUAACCAUGUUUUGUGGCUAUAUAGUGUUUGUUUACAUUUACUUUGUUUACAAACAUUGGAGUAAAACAAGCUUAUAUUUUGGGUUCUGAUGGGCUACGACAGUUGAACUAAGCUCACAAGGCAUUUAUAAGGACCAGUACGGAAAUAUAUGCACUCACUAAUGUAAGUCGUUCUGGAUAAGAGCGUCUGCUAAAUUACAAAAAAAUAAAAAAAUAAGUUAUAUUCUUCAAGAAUCAAUGGUACAUAUAAUUAAUUUAUAAGUCCAAAAAUGGAUGCAGCAACUGCAUAUUGCCCCUUUAACUCCCAUUGAAAAGACAAAGAACCCAUAGAUUUCCAUCAUUUAUUUUACCUAAUAAAUCAGUUCCUUUCAGAGAAAGAGAAUUCAUUUAGGAAAAUUGGGACACACCCAAGAUUUUUACAUAGAGGACAUCCCCCUCAUUCUCUCAGCUUGUCAGCUUGAUCUUUCUCUCUAGUGUUGUCACAGGAAAGGGACACUGUUCAAAUCCUAUCUUUAUUAGCUGAGCUGACUCUAACCUGACUCUUGCUUCUCUUUCUCUCUCUCUCGCUCGCUCUCGCUCUCUCUGUCUCUCUCUCGCUCUCUCUCUCUUUCUCUUCCUCUUCUACUGUCACCCCUUCAGCAGAUCGAGCCUGCGGCACGGCACCGCGAUGAGGGUGGGGCUCAGCCUGCUCCUGGCUCUCUGCCUGCUCCCUGGGGGCGGAGCAGAAAGUGAGGGGGAGGGGACCCGCUGUAAGCCGCCGCCUGGUUGGAGCAUUGGGGAGGUAGAGCCAAUGAAGGAGGUUAUGGGCCAGGUCACAGUGGUGGCCCUCCUCCAGGCCAGCUGUAUGUUCUGCUUGGUGCAGGCAUCCUUGUAAGUGGACCAGAUAGGGCUCUGUUCCAUUCCCUUAACCACUUUUCUACCCCUAGUGGAGUGUGUUAUAAAUUGACGCUUUUCCAAUAGUCAGCAGCACAUCUCUUUAUAGAAUGCCUGUUCUUUAUUUUGUUAUUUCAUGAUUUUGUUUGGCCAUCUCUCCAUAUCCUGACUUUUCACUUCCUCUGAACAGAUUGGAUGAGCUGCGCCUAAAGCUGGAGGGCCAGGGUCUGGACAAUGUGACCUAUAUGGUGGUGAACCACCAGGGGGAGCAGGCCCAGCGCCUUCACACCUUGCUGAGCCAGAAACUGUCUGAGAACAUCAUGCUGUACAAACAGGAGCCCAAACAGGAGGACGUGUGGCAGGCCCUGGCUGGAAAGAAGGAUGACUUCCUCAUCUAUGACAGGUCAGCUCCUGACUGUCUGUCUGUCUGUGUCUGUAUGUUUGUCUCUGUAUGUCUGUCUCUUGUCUGUCUGUCUCCUGUCUGUCAGUCUCUCGUAUGGGUGUCUCAUCUGUCUGUCUGUCUUUUCUGUCUGUCUACUGUCUGUCUGUCUCCUGUCUGUCUGUCAGUCUCUCAUCUGUCUGUCUCCUGUCUGUCAGUCUCUCGUUUGUCUGUCUCUGUGUCUGUCUGUUUGUCUCCUGUCUGUCUGUCUCUUGUCCGUCUGUCUCCUGUCUGUCUCCUGUCUGUCUGUCUGUCUGUCUGUCUGUCUCCUGUCUGUCAGUCUCUCGUCUGUCUGUCUGUGUCUGUCUGUUUGUCUCUGUAUGUCUGUCUCUCGUCUGUCAGUAUCUCGUAUGGCUGUCUCAUCUGUCUGUCUGUCUCUUGUCUGUCUGUCUCUUUUCUGUCUGUCUCUCGUCUGUCUGUCUCUGUAUGUCUCUUGUCUGUCUGUCUCUUAUCUGUCUGUCUCCUGCCCAUCAGUCUCUUGUCUCUCUGUUUGUCUGUCUGUCAGUCUCUUGUCUGUCUGUCUGCCUGUCUGCGCUUGGUCUACUCAGAAAUACAAACCGUGCUCAGCAUGCUGUCUGUUCCUCUCUCUCUUUCACACACAGUAUCUUGUCUUAUACAGUAUCAUAUAUCUCAUAUACAAAUCUCUUUUUCCUACAGCAUGCUGCUGUGUAAUCAUUAAAGUAUCUCUGUCUUUCAAUCAAAUCAAUCAAUCACAUUUAUUUAUAAAGCCCUUUUUACAUCAGCAGAUGUCACAAAGUGCUAUACAGAAACCCAGCCUAAAACCCCAAACAGCAAGCAAUGCAGAUGUAGAAGCAUGGUGGCUAGGAAAAACACCCCUAGAAAGGCAGAAACCCAGGAAGAAACCUAGAGAGGGACCAGGCUCUGAGGGGUGGCCCUCUCUAGGUUUCUUCCUAGGUUUCUGCCCUUCUGGCUGUGCCGGACGGAGAUUAUAACAGUACAUGGCCAUUAAGGCAAGAUUUUUCUCCAAGACGUUCAUAGAUGUCCAGCAGGGUCAAAUAAUAAUCACAGUGGUUGUAGAGGUUGCAACAGGUCAGUACAUCAGGAGUAAAUGUCACAUGGCUUUUCAAAGCCAGGCAUUUAGAUGUUGAAAUAGCAGGUGUGGUAGAGAGAGAGAGUUGAAAAUAGCAGGUCUGAGACAAGGUAGCAUGUCCGGUGAACAGGUCAGGGUUCCAUAGCCGCAGGCAGAACAGUUGAAACUGGAGCAGCAGCACAACCAGGUGGACUGAGGACAGGAGUCAUCAGGCCAGGUAGUCCUGAGGCAUGGUCCAAGGGCUCAGGUCCUCCAGGAGGGGGGCUUUAUAGGCAUGGGAAACUGUAUGUUUACAUUGCCAAAGCAAGUGAAAUACAGUGCCUUCAGAAAGUAUUCAUACCCCUUGACUUAUUCCACAUUUUGUUGUGUUACAGCCUGAAUUCAAAAUUGUUUCAAUUACAUUUCUUCUCUCACCCAUCUACACACAAUACCCCAUAAAGACAAAGUGAAAACAUGUUUUUAGAAAUUCUUGCAAAUUUAUUGAAAAUGAAAUACAGAAAUAUAUCACCCCUGAGUCAAUACUUUGUAGAAACACCUUUGGCAGCUAUUACAGCUGUGAGUCUAUCUGUGUAAGUCUCUAAGAGCUUUCCACACCUGGAUUGUGCAACAUUUGCCCAUUAUUCUAUUCAAAAUGCUAAUAAUAAUAAUAAUAAUAAUUAUUAUUAUUAUUAAUGAUAAUGCAGAGGAUUUUCCCAAGGUUGCUGUUGACGCAUAUCCCACGGUAGUUAUUGGGGUCAAAUAUGUCUCCACUUUUGUGGAUUGGGGUGAUCAUUCCUUGGUUCCAAAUAUUGGGGAAGAUGCCAGAGCUGAAGAUCAUGUUAAAGAGUUUAAGUAUAGCCAAUUGAAAUUUGUGGUCUGUAUAUUUUAUAAUUGUAUUUAGGAUACCAUCACCACCACAGACCUUUUUGGAUUGGAGGUUUUGUAUUUUGUCCUGUAGUUCAUUCUAUGUAAUUGGAGAAUCCAUUGUGUUCUGCUAGUCUUUAAUAGCUGAUUCUAAGAUGUGUAAUUGAUCAUGUAUGUUUUUGUCUCUCUCUCUGUUUCUCUCUCAGGUGUGGUCGUCUGACCCACCAUAUCUCCCUCCCCUUUUCCAUCCUGGGUACUCACUACGUAGAGAACGCCAUUAAGGAGACCUACUGCCAACGCAUAUGUGGGGACUGCAUGUAUGAGGUACGCACACACACGCACUCGGUAUGUCUGUGUUUGUAUGUGAGAAUUAGUUAUAUGAGUUAUGAAAGAGAAACCAACACCCAUCCUCCUCUCUCACACACAGAGCACGGAGAUCCCAGCAGAGUGCAACAGGAUGACAGAGGCGAAGCCUGAGGGAGAAGAGAAGCCAGCCACUGGAGGGGAUACACCUCACGGUGGACACGGCCAUCAUCACCAUGGCAACGGGCACGGUCACCAUGACAACAGCCAUGGUCACGGUCACCAUGGUGAGAGGGGGGUGGGGCACGGUCACGGUCGUGGCCAUGGGGUGGAGCAGCAGCAGCACCAACAUGGCGCUGAGGGGCUCCACCAUGGCCAGGCCCACGUUGGUCAGGAGCAUAUGGGUCAGCAGCCCAUGGAGGCGCAGGAAGGGAAUAUUAUGCAGAGGCCCUGA